CGAAAGCAUCAGCUCCAAGAGCUUCUUUGCAGAAACCCUGAGAACUCAUCAACUCGUUGAAAAGAAGGAAUUCAAACCACGAUGGCAGCUCAAUUACCCAUCACCCAUUUGAACUUCAGUGAGGCCAAGAUCAGCCAAUGGCUUGGAAACCGAGACCCCAGAGAUUCACAACUGAGGCUUGUCUUAGUGGGUAAGACUGGAGCAGGAAAAAGUGCCACAGGGAACAGCAUCCUUGGAAAGAAAGCGUUUUAUUCCAGCAUUGCAGCAAAAUCCGUGACCAAGGUCUGUGAGAAAGGGAGCAGCAUGUGGAAUGGGAGUGAAAUUGUCGUAGUGGACACACCUGGCAUUUUCGACACCGAGACACCGGAUGCUGACACAGAAAAGGAGAUUAUUAAUUGCAUCAUCCUGACCUCCCCGGGGCCUCAUGCUGUGAUCAUGGUGGUUCCCCUGGGCCCGUACACAAAGGAAGAAGAAAAGGCCGUUGAGAAGAUGCUGACAAUGUUUGGACCCAAAGCCAGUAAAUACAUGAUUCUCUUAUUCACCCGGAAAGAUGACUUGGAAGACAUGGAGUUCAAAGAUUAUUUAAAGGAAGCUCCAGGAGGCAUUCAGGAUCUGAUGAAGAAGUUCAGGAAUCGCCACUGUGUGUUCAACAAUAAGGCGACAGGGGCUGAGCAGGAGGCUCAGAGGGCACGGCUGCUGGACCUGGUCCAGUGCAUGGUGAAGGAGAACCAGGGGGGAUUCUACACUAAUAAGAUGUACCAAAGGGCUGAGGAGGAGAUUCAGAAACAGAUCCAAGUGAUACAAGAACAAUACAGAGCAGAGCUGGAGAGAGCGCAGAGGAAGUUAAGGGCGGAGUAUGAAGAGAAAAUCAGGAAACUAGAGGACGAAUUGGAGAAGGAAAAGAGAAGGGCAGAAAUGGAGAGGGAAUUGGCAGAAAGGGAGAAACUCUAUGUUUCAAAGCAACAAAAUGCCAGAGCUGAAGUUGAGAGUCAGAGUAGCAUCAUUGACGUAAUUGUGAGUGUAUUGAAGAUUGCGUCCUUUGUGUUUUCGUUUCUAUUCAAGGAAGAUUAAGCUUAAUGAAAAUCUGUCUAUAUUUCCCACAUACUUUUGGGUGUCUCUUCCGCAUACAACUCAUUCCCCAAAGUCAGAGCUCUCUGUUUUUCUCUCAGGCUUUUUGGACUGGGAAGUGUAGGGAAAGUUCCUUGUUGGAAAUUGGUAGACUUUUGACUGAUUUGACUAGGGAGAGAGAUAUUCUCAAUUUGUCAAAGUCCAAAGCAGAAAGUAUGGGUGCUCCCUAUCUUCUGAACCCUUUCUCAGACGCACAGAGAAAAGGAAUGCAGGAACCAAGAACCAUGACCCCAAGCUUUCUCUGUGUCUCCCCAGUACCUGUUUCUCCUCUGGAUUCUGUCUAGAUUGGCAGAUAAGCUCCUCCUGUGGCUUCUACUCCUCAUUGUUGCCUUUAGGACCAUGCUGCUCAUUUUACCCAUGUGGUCAGAGAAGUCAGUUCUUUGCCUUAGAUAAUCUAUAGCUAGAGAGGCUUACCGAAUUCUUCCUGGAUGAACGCAAAUUCAUUGAAUUACAUUUUUAUGGAAGGACUGAAAUUGUUCCCUGUCAUCUGCCCACUGAAGAACAAAGAAUUGUCUGGAAAACAGAUCUCUCAGAACCCAACUAAGUGAAAUGCCAGGAAGAGCCAGGAACAGAGAUUCAACAGACAAGAGAACCAUGUUUGGUAUAUUCAGAUGUUCCUGUAGAAGGUGCUUGACCAACCUCAACAUAACCACUUAGCUGAAGAACUAGUUCUCUCCUUUUCAUGGGAAACGAGCUGUUGCCACCGCACCUCCAUCACCUCACACCUUGAUUACUUACUGCUGGGGGGUCAUCCCCACACUGCUGCCCCACCCACUUGAAUUGUUUGCUUAUUUUUGCUGUAAUAAAACUUUUCUAU